CGAAGUGUUUGUUUAGUUUGUGUAUUUCUUAAUUUUAACAAAAUUUGUCAACGUCGAAGAUUUACCUCUAGGUUUACGUUAUUUAUCAUUAUUAUUAUUAUUAUUAUUAUUAUUAUUAUUAUUAUUAUUAUAAUUACUAUUAUUGCCCCAAUGUUUUACUUACCGUUUGAAAUACAUGUUUGUGCUCUUUCUUUAUUUUCGUCUGUGGUUGUUGUUGUUGUUGUUUUUUUUUUGGCUUUCAGCAUGAUGUAUUGGACGGAUUGGGGCGCCAGUCCAAAGAUCGAGCAAGCUGAGAUGGACGGUUCAGCGAGAAGAACCAUCGUAACCGAAAACCUCGGCUGGCCAAAUGGGCUCACUAUCGACCAAGUGACCAAUCGCCUGUUUUGGACUGACGCGUUUCUAGACAACAUUGAGGUUUCGGAUCUCAAUGGUAGAAACAGACAGCUUAUAAUGCCAAAGGCUGCUAAUAUCCAUCCUUAUGGACUAGCGGUGUAUCAGGACAUGCUUUACUGGACUGAUUGGGGUACCAAGAGCAUUUCACGCUUCAAUUUAAGCAGUGCGAAACAAGAAAUGAUAGUUUAUGGCCUUAAAGAACCAAUGGAUAUCCAUGUAUUUGAUCCGUCCUUAAUAUUUUCAGGUCCUCAUAAUUGUUCUCAAAACAAUGGACUCUGCAGCGAUUUCUGCCUUCUCAAACCAGGAGGAUACCAGUGUGCUUGUCCAACGGGCAUUGCCUUGAAAUCUGAUGGAAAAAACUGUGACUAUNGCAGAGACAACAAAGGAAAUUCCUCUCUGCACGUGAUCAUCGUGUGA